AUUUAAAUUGAUAAAGUUUAUAUUUAAUAACAAUGUAUAAAAGGUGUUAACAUCUAUUUUCUCCUAGUGAUUCAUAAGUAACACGUUCAUCUGGAAACAAGACCUUCAUCUGGAACACCAUCAUCUAUGGAGACACAGUUUCUGUUCAUCAAACUGUUUUUUACAGGAAUCAGCCCAAUCAUCUCGUCUGUCCCUCGUAAGUACUAUCUGAUUACAUCUGGAAAAACAUGGGAUGAUGCCCGAGCUUACUGCCAAGCCAACCACGAUGACCUGGCGAUCAUCGACAGUGCUGCUAACAUGCUCAGACUUCAAACGGAAGCACAGGGAACACUAAAUAAUUUUGACAUAUUGAUUGGGAUGUACCUCAAUCCUAAUAGCUUCCUCUGGUCCUACAGAAAUGAGUCACUAGGAAGUUUUACUAACUGGAUGACAGGAUACCCCAGUAAUGCAGGAGGAAAAUUAAACUGUGUCCUGCUAACUCAGUCGGGUUGGUAUAAUGUGGGAUGUACACUACUGCGAGCCUUCAUAUGCUAUGAUGACAGCAGAACCGGUGCUGACCGUUACAUUUACUACUCUACUGUAAAGACCUGGUCUGAAGCUCAGAGUUUCUGCAGACAGAAUCACACAGAUCUGGCCAGCGCAAGAACUGCAACUGAACACUCGGAUAUAAUGGGAAAAAUCUCUGGUGACACCUGGUUCGGCCUUUUCAAAGAACCCUGGAAGUGGGUGGACCAAACCGACAUGUCUCUUCCAUGGUAUCCUGGACAACCUGAUAAUUACUAUGGAGAUGAAAAUGUUGGCUAUAUGUAUAAUUUUCUGGUCGCUGAUAUAUACAGUACCAUCGUUCGGUCCUUUCUGUGUCACAGAGAUGUUACUGGACAGCAGCAGAUCCUGAGAUUUAAGGUGGAGUCGAAUCAGGACGUUAAUGAUCCCACAAUAAAGGCUGCACUCUUGGAGAUGAUCCAGCAGAAACUGAAGGAUCAUGGGAUAGAACAGAACAUCACACUGAAAUGGAGAAAGCAACCAGAUGGAGUGGUGUUCCACAAGAUGGAGAUACAUUAA